AUGGCACAUAACGGCGUUGCAACAUGUGCGAUACGCGACGCUUCAGAGCUAUCGUCUUUCCAUAGGUGCUUGGAGCAGUCGACCUCAAUCGUCGCACUCAUAGGCGCCGGGCUCAGUGCUCCUUCUGGCCUAAGCACUUUCAGUAGUCCUGAGGGAAUCUGGACGACAUAUGACGCACACUCUCUCGCUACACCUGAAGCUUUUGAUAUUCAUCCUCACCGUGUGUGGCAAUUCUAUGCCCGUCGACGCUACGAAGCGCUGCAGGCACAUCCUAAUGCAGGCCACGUAGCCCUCGCAGAAGCGUCCAAACGGAUCCCCGGAUUGAUCACACUCAGUCAAAAUGUGGAUGGCCUUUGCGAACGCGCCGGCCACCCCCCGAAGCAGCUGGUGUCGCUUCAUGGAACACUCUUUGAAUCCCAGUGUUCAAACAGGAAGGGCUGCGGAUACUUGAGAGACGACUUCAUAGAUGCAUUCACCUCAACUCCUGCAGCAGCUGGGUCCAGGAUGGAGAAUCAGUGGAGCGAUGGGGAACUAGACCUCGCCCACACGACUUCAAAAAUGCCCGCCUGUCCGCAAUGCGGACGUCUACUUCGGCCAGGUGUUGUGUGGUACGGAGAAAUGUUGAACGACGAUACUCUAUCGAGGAUAAGACAAACUUUCAGCAAACCCGAAGGAAUCGAUGUUAUGCUGGUCAUUGGAACAUCGGCGGAAGUAUAUCCCGCAGCGGGUUAUAUCAAUGURGCUCGCGCGCGAGGUGCCCGGCUUUGUAUUGUGAAUAUCGACACAACCCUCAGACUGCGCGCCGAAUUACGGGAAGGGGACUGGUUCUUUGAGGGCGAUGCAUCCAGGAUAUUGCCAAUGUUGAUGGAGCCCCUCAUCACCAAUGCUUACGAUCAUACGGCAGGUGGAAUGCGAGAUUAG